CGAGCGCGAAACCUAAACAACUCUUGCGCUCCACUUCUCUUCCUCUGCUCUCUUCCUCUCUUAUCCUCUACUCUACUCUCUACUCUCUACUCGACUCUUCUAAAGAACACAGUACAAUGGUUCUUAACACAGUCCUCAUCAUCGGCGGCUCCGGCUUCCUCGGCUGCCACCUCGUCGACCGCUUCGCCGCGCUCUCGCCCGCUCCCGCCAUCCACGUCCUCGACAUCCGUCCCCUGCCCGCCAUCCCGCCAGAGUUCUACUCGUUCGACCCAGAGACUAUCGUCUUCCACAAAGGCGACAUCACCGACCCUUCCUCCCUGCGCGACAUCUACCGCGCCGUCAAGCCCGAUAUCGUCGUGCACUCCGCGUCGCCCAUCCACGGCAUGGGCAAGGAGAUCUACUACAAAGUCAACGUCGACGGCACCCGCGCCAUCAUCGACGUCGCGACCGAGCCCGAGUUCAAGGGAAUCAUCAAAGGCCUCGUGUACACCUCCUCCGCCUCCGUGAUCUACAACGGCGACGACCUCCGCAACGCAGACGAGUCCACGCCCAUGCCGGACAAGCAGAUGGACGCCUACAACGAGACCAAAGCGCUCGGCGAGAAAAUGGUCCUCGCGGCCUCUUCCGCAGACUUCAAAACCGUCGCGCUCCGGCCGUCGGCGAUGUUUGGCCCGGGCGACCGUCAAUUGAUCCCCAACAUGGCCGAGGUCACCUACACCUUCGGCACGCGCUUCCAGAUCGGCGACAACUGGAACAUCUUUGACUUCACCUACAUCGGCAACGUCGCGCACGCGCACGUCCUCGCCGCGCAGAAACUCGUCGACGAGAAGACGUCGCAGAGAGUCGCGGGCGAGCCGUUCAUCAUCACAAAUAACGAGCCGGUGUACUUCUUCACCGUCCCGAGGAAGGUCUGGGCUAUGAAGGGCGUCGUUCCGGGGUUCACUAUCAAGAUCUCGAGACCGGUUGGGUUUUUCCUCGCGUACAUGUCUGAGCUGGUCGCAAAGCUGCGCGGAAAGGAGGCUCUGUUUACGCGCUUUAGAGUGUCGUUUACAUGCGCGAAUAGGUACUUCAACAUUAACAAGGCUAUCAGAUAUCUUGACUACGAGCCAAUUGUUAAGCUCGAGGAUGGAAUUGAGCGGUCGCUUAGGUUUUUGACGUACGAGGAGGAGUUGAAAGCAAAGACUUUGGCCGAGAAAAAGUCAGAGUAGUGUACACUAGCAGUCUUCUAAUA